CACAACAUCUCAUAAUUUAGAGAUCUCGAAACUUUGCUAAGCGUUGCAAAAAAUUUUAUGGGCCCAAAUAUUUAGAGAUCCCAUACGAAUAAAAUCCAACCAAUGUAAGAAGCCCAUAUUAGUAAUAAAGCCCAUUUGGCCGAGGAGACUAAACGAUGGAGAUCGUCACUGGUUUGGCACGGAUAAUCGCGGCGACAACAACAACAAUGGCUUUCUCUCCUAAUCCUCUCUCUCUAAGCGUCCUCGAUCCUGCUUUCGAAUCUUGGCUCCGAGAUUCCAGCUACCUCGAGCUCCUCGAUCACCGCACCUCUGCUGCAGCCGCCGCCGCUUCCUCCUCCGCCUCCGUUUCAUCCUCAGCUGCCGCAACUUCUGCGGCGUCUGACGAUGAACAUCCAUUACCGGUGGUUUCUUCGCUUCUCUUUUGUCUCGACGCGUCACUGUCUCUUCUCUUCUUACAAUUAACCCUUUCUCCAAGCUCUCCGAUGAUUUUUCCGGAGAUAUGCCACCGUGGACCACCGGUUUCUUUGGCAAUUGUGACUCUUAUUCGUUUCCAACGUCUUCUCAGCAAGCGAGAAUUAGAGUUCAUGAGUAAAUCAAACGAUUCGCUAGGAAUUACACUACGUUAUUCAUCGUCUUCUUCGCUUGUGCACUAUAUCAAAUGCAUUGGUGAGAUUGUUAGCAAGCUUAGCCCUUUGGGUGCUAUUCAAAUAGUGCAGUGCCAGAUGGAAAUUUGAUCGUCACCCUUCCAUGAGGAAAUUCUCGAUGCAGUCUCCAACAGCUUCA